GGCAGGUCAAUAGACACAGGAUUUCCAGGAGCAGGCUGAGAAUCAGUUAUUGGCCAGUUUAGCUGGACAUCAGGGGCUGGCAUGUCGGGCUGUGCAGCGGGCAGAGGCACGUCAGCGGGCACCGAGUCAUCUGGCACGACAGCGGGCACCGAGUCACCGGGCACGUCAGCGGGCACUGAGCCAUCUAGCAGAACCGCGGGCACAGAGUCACCUGGCAAGUCAGCGGGCACCGAGUCACCGGGCACCGAGCCAUCUAGCAGAACAGCGGGUACCGGGUCACUAAGCUCGACAGCAGGCACCAAAUUAACUGGCACAACAGUGGGCACUGAAUCAACUGGCACAACAGUGGGCACCAAGUCAUCUGGUACGACAGCGGGCACCAAGUCAUCUGGCACAACAGCGGGCACUGAGUCAUCUGGCUCGACAGCGGGCACCGAGUCAACUGGUACGACAGCGGGCACCGAG